AUGGCUUCCUCUUCAGCGAUGUCGGGAGGAGGAGCACCUAAAAAGAACUCAACACUGAAUCACUGUACACUUACAGAUAAACCGAAGCCAUUUCUGACUGUAGAGCCCCAGAGUUCAGUGUUCACUGGAGACACAGUUACUCUCAGCUGUGACGUGGGACAGUCAACUGGAUGGACGUUUCUCUGGAGGAAAGACUCAAACCCUGAAUCCAUUGAUCAUUCAACUAAAACAAUCAGUUCUGUGAGAGUCUCUGAUGGAGGAACAUACCAGUGCAGAGCAGAGAGAGGAAAAUACUACACAGAGAUCAGUGAUACAAUUAAGAUAACAGUAAGCAAGAGACCCAAACCUGUAGUGCGUGUUCAGCCUGAUGUUCGUGUGUUCAGAGGAGAGACGGUCACUCUCACAUGUGACAUACAGGAGACAGGAGACUGGCGGUACAACUGGUAUAAAGAUCAUUACAGCAGAGGACAAGACUGGAUCUAUUACAGCGCAGGACAAGACAAGAACUAUAAAAUCACAUCUGUGGAUUGGUCUCAUGCUGGUGUGUACAGCUGUAGAGGAACCCAGACUAAAGCCCCACAGUACUCAGAGUUCAGUGAUGGAGUUACACUGACAGUAUCAGAUUUACCCACAUCUACACUGACUGUGACUCCAGACAGAUCUGUAUUCACUGGAGAGACAGUCAAUCUGAAGUGUGUGAUAAACUCUGAUCACAGUGACUGGAGAUAUGAGUGGAAUAAAGACAGUUCAAUGUUACAGAGGUCUGAGCGUUACACUGUAAACAGAGACACUCUCAGUAUUGUGAAAGCUGUUGAGUCUGAUCAGGGUCAGUACACGUGUAAAGGACACAUAGAUGGAAGAUCAGUUUCAUCACGAUCAAGCUCUGUUUCUCUCUCUGUGAAGGGUCUAAAGCCAAAGCCUGAACUCACAUCAGAUCCUGCAGGAGCUGCACUGACAGGAAACACAGUGACUUUGACCUGUCGCAUGGAUCCGUCCACUGGAUACUGGGACUUUUACUGGUACAAACACACACUGAACCCUGAGACAGAGAAGACACAAACAAACUCCUACAGACUGAAGAUUGAUUCAGUGUCUGAUGGAGGCCAGUACUGGUGUAGAGCUGGAAGAGGGAAACCAGUUUAUUACACAAACUACAGUGAUGCACUGUGGGUCAAUGUUACAGAGAGUCCUAAAGCUGUGUUGACGGUACGACCUGAUGAACGAGUGUUCAGAGGAGAAACAGUCACUCUCAGAUGUGAUAUAAAGUGGGGAGGAGACACUGAGUGGACAUACAGAUGGGAAAUAGGGGGAACCAACAACCAAUAUAAAAACACUCUCAACCAAAUCUCAACACAAGAGUUGAACAUCAGCAGUGUUGAUCACUUUCACAGUGGUAAAUACACCUGUACAGGACAGAUAAACACUCAAAGCUCUCAGCGCAGUGAUGCUGUUACACUGACUGUAUCAGCUGAAGCUCAGGCAGCAGUGCGAGUGUCUCCACAGCCGUGGCUGACUGAAGGAGAAUCAGUGACUCUGAUCUGUGAGGUUUCAGGCUCCUCUACAGGCUGGACGUUCAGCUGGUUCAGAGAUCAUGAUCAUCUGUCAGACAGCAGCAGAGGAGCUGGAGGAUCUUACACUCUCAGUCCUGCUGCUCUACAGCACACAGGAGUUUAUACGUGCAGAGCAGAGAGAGGACGACCAGCCUAUUACACACACAACAGCAGCACACAGCCACUGUGGGUCACUGGUGUUUCUUCUUCAGUGUCUCUAGUCAUCAAUCCCAGCAGAAGUCAACACUUCUCAUCUGACUCUCUCUCUCUGAGCUGUGAGGAUCAGAGUAACUCUGCUGGAUGGACAGUGAGAAGAUACACAGACAAAGACACAAAAACUUGUUCAACACAAACAGGAUCUGCAUGUGUAAUCGAGUCUCUCAGCACAUCUGACACUGGAGUGUACUGGUGUCAGUCUGAAUCUGGAGAGAAACGUCAUCCUCAAAACAUCACUGUACAUGAUGGUGAAGUGAUUCUGGUGAGUUCUGUUGAUCCUGUGAUUGAGGGAGAGACUCUGACUCUACACUGUUUACAUCGAUCUACAAACUCCUCGAUCCUCAGCGCUGAUUUCUAUAAAGACGGAUCACUGGUCCAGAAUCAGACGACAGGAGAGAUGAGCAUCACUACUGUCUCAAAGUCACAUGAGGGUUUCUACUACUGUAAAACAGAGAGAGGACAGUCACUCCACAGCUGGAUCUCAGUCAGAGUGUCACGUUCAGGUCAGAUUUCUGUCUUCAAAGUCCUCAGUUUUCUUCUGGCAGCUUGUCAGUAUCUGAUAGCGACAGUCGUGCUGCUUUACAAAUGUUACAGAGCAAGAGUCCCAUCUGCUGAAGACCAAAAUCAGUACGCCGUAACAGAGGAAGAAACUUCAAUCUGAUAUUAACAUGUUUUAAAAGAUUCAGAAUAUUCAUUUUACAUACUUUUAUUUCUGUCAGCAUAUUUGAUUGACCUUAUAUCAUUUGUCAUUAAGCUUGAGAAAUAUUUUAGUGUUGUUCUGCUUUUAUUUGGUAACCGACCAUGUUGUUGUUAUUAUUUAGAUUUGUCAUAUCCUUAAAAGAACAAGCUUCAAUGACUUAAUCAUGACUUUGUGAUGUUUGUUCUUCCAAUAGUGAAAGCAUGACAAUGAUUCUGUUCUUCAGUUUUAUUGGUUUUGGUUACCAGUUGCCUGUUCUGUUUCACUUGUUUGAGUAAUUUGUAAACAUACAGACCAAAGUUUUGUCAUAUAUCAUAUGCCAAUAAGUGUGAAAUAAAUGUUGUCUUACA